UGGCGGGGCCUUCAUCCAUGUGGGCGUGGCCGUUCCCAAAGUGGGCGUGGUUUCCUUCCACGUGGGCGGGGCUGGCGAGACAACAUGGCGGCGGCGCUGAGGGCGGCGAAGGGUUUGCGGCUGGUGGCAGGGUCGCCGAGUCUCGCUUUUACUCGCUCUGCAUUUGUUGCAAAAAGACGUAAUUAUGACCAACCAAACUGGCUUGGAGUUGGCCUGGCUUUUGGCACCAGUGCGGCUUUGUGGGCUUUUCUUAUCAAGCAGCAUAAUGAAGAUGUGAUGGAAUAUGAAAGGAUAAAACAAGAGAGGCAACAUAAGUGUACAGGAUGUUCAUAGCAAGUUGAGGAUAUACUCAGAAAGAAGUAACCUGCUCACCGGUUGACCUACAAAUAAAUGCGCACAGCGGAAGUACAAAGUACUUAAAUACCUAAAUGUUAAUACAUUUCAUGUGCAGAGUUAUGAAAUAAAUUGUCUGAAGGAAACUUAAAAAGA